AAUACAAACUAAAAAUACGAGGUGUGAAAGUCAGAGUGAAGUAGGCUAUGCUCUUUUAACACACCCUCUUUAGGAACCAUGAAGUUGAAAUCUGAUGAAAGAAAGUGUGAAACUUAUGUUCGGAGGGCGACCCCUCUCACACCUUCCCCAUGUGUCUCCUCUUUCUCCCCUCCCCAUCCACCUCUUUCCCUCCCACUGUCGCACAAAGUGAGUCGCGGCCGAGCUCAGGUUGGCAUAUCGGUGCGAUCCGGGAACGAUGCCGGCGGUCGGAGCGGUUGGUGUCGGCUUCCUCGUCAUGCUUGCGGCCGCUGUGCUGCCAGCAUGCCGUUCGGAGCUGGUGACGCUGGCGGAGGAACGCGUCCGACCCGAAUCGUCCUUCAUGAAGCCCAAAGUUAUGAUCGCCAUACUGGCUCGCAACGCCGCGCACAGUUUACCCUACUACCUGGGCUGCAUAGAUAGGCUGGACUACCCGAAGGACCGGAUCGCGAUAUGGGCAGCAACGGACCACAGUAUAGACAACACCACCGCCAUGCUGAGGGAGUGGCUGAAGGAGGUCCAGAGUCAGUACCAUUAUGUGGAGUGGAGACCAAUGGAGGAGCCACGAUCCUACACAGAUGAGUGGGGACCCAAGCACUGGCCUCCAUCUCGCUUCAACCACGUGAUGAAACUCAGACAAGCUGCCCUGAAGGCGGCGCGUGAGCAAUGGUCCGAUUACAUACUGUUUUCAGACAGUGAUAACCUCCUGACGAACCCGCGGCUGCUGGACCUGAUGAUGGCAGAGAACCACACACUGGUGGCGCCCAUGCUGGACUCCAACACCCUUUACUCCAACUUCUGGUGCGGCAUGACUCCCCAGGGCUACUACAAGCGCACCCCUGACUACCACCCCAUCCGUGAGUGGAAGCGUCUGGGCUGUUUCGCGGUGCCCAUGGUGCACUCCACCUUCCUGCUGGACCUGAGGCGCGGUGCCAGCCGUGAGCUGGCCUUCUAUCCGCCCGACCCCGACUACAGCUGGGCCUUCGACGACGUCAUGGUCUUUGCCUUCUCUGCACGACAGGCAGGUAUACAGAUGUACAUUUGUAACAGGCAGCACUAUGGAUUCCUUCCCUUACCCUUAAAGCCACAGCAGAGUGUCGAUGAUGAGAAGGAGAGCUUCUCGCACACCCUCACUGAGGCCAUGAUCGAUCACAACGGCAGCCCCUCAGAGAACCUGUUCAAGCGAGGCCAAUCACAGGACAAGAUGGGCUUUGACGAGAUCUUCUUGAUCAAUCUGAAGCGGCGUCUGGACCGCAGGCAACGGAUGCUGAGCACCCUGUCUGUCCUCGGCCUGGAGGCCACUCUCAUAGACGCAGUGGACGGAAAGGCUCUGAACACAUCCCAGCUGCAGGCUCUGGGCAUUGAGAUGUUGCCGGACUACAAGGACCCGUACUCAGGCCGUGUGCUGACCAGAGGGGAGAUCGGCUGCUUCCUCAGCCACCACGCCACCUGGAUUCAGAUGAUGGAGCGUGGGCUGCAGAAGAUUCUGGUGCUGGAGGAUGAUGUCAGGUUUCAGCCUAAGUUUAAGAGGAGGAUGAUGGACAUCAUGGACGAUCUAGAGAGAGCCCAGCUGGAAUGGGACCUCAUAUAUGUGGGCCGUAAGCGAAUGCAGGUGCAGCAGCCGGAGGUGCCCGUGGAGGGGGUGGAGAACCUGGUGGAGGCUGACUACUCCUACUGGACGCUGGGCUACGCGCUGUCGGAGCGGGGUGCCAAGAAGCUGCUGGGGGCCCAACCCUUCGGCAAGAUGCUGCCCGUGGACGAGUUCCUGCCCGUCAUGUUUAACAAGCACCCGAAUGCGAAGUACAUGUCUCAUUUCGAGCGGCGGGACUUGCGGGCGUUCUCCGUGGAGCCUCUGCUGCUGUACCCCACGCACUACACAGGCGAGCCGGGCUACCUGAGCGACACGGAGACCUCCACCAUCUGGGAUGACGAGGCGGUGCCCACCGACUGGGACCGGCAGUACUCGGGCAAGAAGGCCCAGAAGGCCCACAUGCAGCCCAGCGUGAGCGGAGACACGCCACCCCCCUCCGCCCACGCCUCCACCCGGGACGAGCUCUGAGAGACUCAUGAGAGGAUGUGGACGCAGAAACACACACUACACACACAUACCACAUACACACACACACACACACACACACACACACACACACAUACACACUCUCUCUCUCACACAUAUACAUUUCAUACACUGUCACACCUAGCAUUCAUAAAAACACUGACACAAACAAUGCGCACACACACACACACACACACACAGACUCACACAUAUACAUUUCCUACACUGUCACACCUAGCAUUCAUAAAAACACUGACACAAACAAUGCACACAUGCAUGUGUGCAAGACUCAAAACAAACGGAAGAUUCAUAUAUCACACACUAUGUAAGUACUGUAACCAGCCAUACACCAUAAAAAACACAAACAAACACACACACUCUUAUAUGUCUCAUGCUGUUACAGAUGCACACUUACUUACGCAUAUAGACACACACACUCACACACACAGACACACACAGACACACACACACACACUCACACAGACACACACACACACACACACACACUCACUCUCACACACACAGACACACAUAUUCGCUGUAAGUCUCAGACUUGUCUCAUGCUGUCUCAUACAUAAGCUCCUCCCAGCCCCUCUUUCAUUUUCAUUGGUCGCCCGCUGGCCAGUUGCAUAACAGCGGGCUGAGAUGCGUAUUCCAUUGGCCAGCUGGGAAGGGGGUGGAGUGGUGAAUCCCAACAGACGGGAAGCUAUGGUCCUCACACCCCCUUCCCUCCACUCCAGUCCUCUCGACCACCAUCCCCGCCAUGACCCCUGACCCCGUUAUUUAUUCCUCAAAUGUCCCAAGACUGUGUGUCUCCCCCUCCCCUCCCCAACCCCCACCUGUGCCCCCUGUCUCAGGAUGACUUGCACGUGAGACAUGCUUGAGACACUGGGAGACCUGAACACUCUGCUGAGCACACUGGGAGAUGCAAUGUGAGAAAAGACUGGAAUUGAUCAUGUCGCAACAUGUGCUGUGCAGAUUCUUGCCUUGGGCAUCGCGGGAACUCAAACAAACAAAAAACAUCUUCAACUGGUCUCUUUUUUAUUUUUUAUUUAAGAGGGGAUGAUUAUUGUAAUUUAAAAGAGGCAGAUGGGGAUUUUACAGGCAGCCCAGGGAAUAAAGAGCAAUCCUACAGCUGUCUAAAUACAAACUAUGCACCUCA